CAUUGCAACUCAUACUAUUAUUGAGCUUGAGAGAGUACACGAGAAAGCAAGUGAAAAAGAUGUCUCUUGUCAUAGAUGAGAUCAAAGCUAAUGCCGAGGUAUACCACGGAGACGAUCUAUGCCAAGAGAAAUCGAAGUUCUUGCUCAAGGAGAUCGGUCUUCCGAACGGGCUCCUGCCUUUAAAGGAUAUAGAGGAAUGCGGGUACGUGAAGGAGACCGGUUUCGUGUGGCUCAAACAGAAGAAGAAGACCGACCACAAGUUCGACAAGAUUGGGAGGCUCGUGUCCUAUGCUCCCGAGGUCACGGCCUAUGUGGAACAGAACCGGAUCAAGAAGCUCACCGGCGUGAAGACCAAGGAGCUCUUGAUCUGGAUCUCACUGAGCGACAUCUACGUGGACGAUCCCCCCACCGGGAAGAUCACUUUUAAGACUCCCGCUGGGUUGUCGCGGUCGUUCCCGGUUUCGGCCUUUGAGAUCGAGGAGGAAGUUAAGGAUGUGAAGGAGGAGAGUGAUGUCAAAGAAGCAAAUGCAGCUGUGGAAGUCAAGGAAUUAUGAAGCUAGAUAUGGCGAUGGACAACGAUGUAGUGAAUGCUUUGCUUAUGGUUUCACUGAUAAGGAUGGAUCAUUUAGAUUUCACUAAUGCUUCGAACACAUAUUAUCUUGAUUUUGUAUUAUUACUAUGAUGAGAAAAAAAUAAACUUUCUUGUUCAAAAAAA